GGUGCGGCAGGGAGAGAGAGAGGAGAAAAGGGCGGGGGGGGGGGGCUGAUGCUGCAACUCCCCUCCCCCCCACUGGUGCUGCAGAUCCCCUCCCCCCACUGCUGCACCCGCAGCAGGGGGAGGUAGGAGAAGGGGGGGGGGGGGGGGGGGGGGAAGGGGCUGGUGCCGCAGAUCCCCUCCCCCCCCACUGCUGCGGCGCGCAGGAGCCGCUCGGGCGACAGCAGGGCACCGGGGCUGCGGUUAGGGGCGGCAGGUCGCGAGGGGCCAUGGCUAGGGGCGACGGGGCCAUGGCUAGGGACGGGGCCGGGCGCUGGGCAGGUACGGGGCCGGGUGCUGGGCUAGGGACGGGGCCGGGUGCUGGGCAGGUACGGGGCCGGGCGUUGGGCAGGUACGGGGCCGGGCGCUGGGCAGGUACGGGGCCUGGCGCUGGGCAGGUAUGGGGCCGGGCGCUGGGCAGGUACGGGGCUGGGCACUGGGCAGGAACGGGGCCGGGCGCUGGGCAGGUACGGGGCCGUGCGUUGGGCAGGUACGGGGCUGGGCGCUGGGCAGGUACGGGGCCUGGCGCUGGGCAGGUACGGGGCCGGGCGCUGGGCAGGUACGGGGCUGGGCACUGGGCAGGAACGGGGCCGGGCGCUGGGCAGGUACGGGGCCGGGCGCUGGGCAAGAGACGGGGCCAGGCACGGGCAGGGUACGUGGCCGGGCGCGGGCGAGGUUCAGGGCCAGGCGCUGGCUAG